GACGGGGAUGCCUACGAGGGAAUGACGAGGGAAGAGAGAGACGAGGCGCAGCUCAUGAACGGAUAUGGGAAGAAGCGCAAGAGAAGUGGCAAGGCAAAGGAGGAGGCGAUCUACGGCGUCUUUGCAGAUGAUGAUGAUGACGGAGACGCCCAGGCCAGAGGCAAAGCACCGAAUCGAAAGCAGACAAACUUCCUCAGAGGGCAAGCCUUUGUACCUGCAUCAAGCAAAAGUGCCGAUAUGGUAGCCUCAGACGAAUCUGGAGGCUCCGAUCAAGACUCUGACUCUGGAGACGAGGAUGAUGGGGGCUCGUCAGCCGAAGACGAUGCGCAGACAAUCCGGGAGGAAGCUGAAGACGAGGAGGUGGAUGCCAAGCCAGGGUUGGGCGGGGUUGGAUCCUCCUCAAGAGGUAGAGGCGGCUUUACACCUGCAUCUUUCCUUUCGUCAAGAGGCGGCAUAGGUUCCCGCAGACCCGCGAUGGACGUCGAUGACGGCCAGGAGACGGACGUAGCAGCCGCCCUUCCUGUGGGAAUCGGGAGUCAUGCUGGCAUAGGAAGCUCCUCAGCAUCUGCCCCCAGCAUCGGCACCUCUCGCGGAG